CAAAAAAAAAGCCAAGAUGGCGCCGGCCGUAUUCCAAAAUGGCGACGGUGAAAUCACCGAACUCGAGGCUUCACAAUGGCAGUCCAUUUCUCUACAUUUCUGUCACUGGUAUCUGUUUUCUCGUGUUACUUUCAGAAAGAAAGCAAGUAAACUACUCCUUUAAAACAACAUGUAGUAUUCUCCGAGAACAAGUGUACAAAUCUGUCUAAACUAAUUCAGUAGUGUAGGAACAGCAUGCAAAUGUCCUCAGGGUUCAUUUUGUCUGUGUGUGUGUGUGUGUGUGUGUGUCUGUGUGUGUGUUUAGUAGAUGGUGUAUUUGCCCUUGUGUCAGAGGUAGAACAUACUCGAGGUACAAGCGAGCACUUCCUUGUUCGUAGUAACGUGCGCCGCCAUUUAACAGAUUAACAUCUUGUGAGUAUUGGAGCCACUGUUGAUUGGAGAGACAGAGAGAAUUGAAUGAAUAAAUGAAGCGUAUAGCAGCCAGUGGAUCUGUUGAGACAACACUCUGGGGAGCUUUUUUCCUGUUAAACUAACACAAGAAUCUCUCUGGCUAGUCAAAUGAGUGCUGCGGCAUCAUUUGAUCUUUUUUUAACAACAAAAAGAAAAGAGUGUGUGAUGAGGUGUUCUAUUUUCCGUGCAUUAUUCUGCUCGUGAGUCAAAAAUAGAAACUGAUAUGUCAGAAAGAGACAGUGACGAAAAGCCAGAGGCAAACCAAGCACACACACACACACACACACACACACACACACCAGUUCUCACCCUCACUCUCUGCAGCAUUUCUUCAGGUUUCUUCUUAUCUCUCAUGUCACUCACAUUCUUCUGUUUCCUUUCUUUUUUCCUCCCUCCACCCAUCAUCGUCUCUGCAGGUUUUUUUUUUUGUUUUCUUGUGUGUGUGUGUGUGUGUGUGUGUGGUGGAGUUUGCGCUCCAGCAGAAGUGAAGUGAGGGAAAGCGAGAGAGGGAGCCGGGUGUCAUGGAUGACAGCGAGGAGAAGAGCGACGCCCUGACCUACCAAAACCUGCUGCUCCUGGGAGCCAUCGCAGCGGCGUCCGCCUUCGUGGUCACCAUCCUCAUCGUGCUCGUCUGCGUCGGCUGCCAAAGGAAAAGCAAGAGCAAGCACCCGCCAGCCGGAGAGAAGGGGACAUCUGUAAAUAUGCAGGGUUCCCUUCGACACCCCAAACUCAACGCCAUGAGCAAGUCUGACACCGGGCUGCAUGAGAUCAACCGCUUCCCCUGCAAUGGAAACUCUGUUGGCAAGAGCCGUCCAGCCAGCAUGGACCUCCUGCUCCUCCACAGUCAGCGCUCCCAGACAGACCUGAGGCCGUCCCAUGGGCGCCAGCUUCCCCAGAUCCCCACCAGUCCCCAGGGAUCUAGCCAGGGGGGAGGAGGGGAGACAGCAGGAGAUGGGGGAGGAGGUGCAGGAGGAGGAGGAGGAGGUGUAGGAGGAGGUGUAGGAGGAAGUGUAGGAGAGGCUAGAGACCACACCUACACCGAGGUGGGCUUACGGAACAACGCCACGCCCACCCACUGCCUGGAUGACGGCCUGUACGAGAGUGUGGGUGUCCGGGAAGGUGACGCUGGCCCCAAGGUGACCUCUGCCCCCCCACCCACGUCAAACAGCACGCCGGCUUUGGUCAGAACCGCCCAAAGCCCCCCCGCUCAGGCCAACGGAGCUUGCAGCGGGAACGGGAACGUGAACGGGAACGGAGGCAGAGGGAACGGCAGAGGGAAUGGCGCCAUCAACGGGCCGGCGGCAGGAAGAGGUAACGGUGCGAGCGGGGUCAACCGGUCCCCUCUGCCUUCUGUCAACUCCCUCACCAUCGAAGGUCCAACUACAGCCGAGUACGCUUCCCUACGGAAGUUCAGAAAGGUAACGACACGCGUACAGUUCAGUUAAAUGCAGUAGAUUCGCAACCAAUGAACAGAAGUUACCAUAUUUAGAACGCGGAG